AUGCCUCUUGAGUCCAAUGAACCCCUCGAUCGCGAGGAUGCCCCGUUCCUCGCCUCGGGUCAAAGGCCCUCGUCCCCAGUGGAAGAGGAGUCUGGCCCGUCGGAUGCAGAGAAAGAACAACUUCGCAAAACUCGCCUUCGCUUAAUGUUAACCCUUUUUGCCAUGAUCUUGGCCGUCGAAGUCGGCAUCUGCAUGUCCAAUGGCCCCGUCACCCGUAUAUACGAGUCCAUCGCCUGUCGAGAAUACUACGCGCAAUAUGAUCCCACCAAGAUCGGAGCCGACGGCGAGGUCCAGGAGGAAUUGUGCAAGGUUAAAGCGGUCCAGCAGGAUCUGGCUGCAGUGAAGGGCUAUAUGGAGUUCUUCGAUGGCAUUCUGAGUGCUGUGCUAGCAAUUCCAUACGGCCUGUUGGCUGAUCGACGGGGACGGAAAUCCACCAUCUGUCUAAGCAUCCCCGGAUUCGCCCUGAACUGCAUUAUUCAACUGGUGGUCAUGUGGCGCCCAGACGUCUUCCCCCUGCGAACUGUCUGGGCAUCCUCCUUGGCUUGGUUGUUUGGCGGAGGCCCUGUUGUGGCAUUUGCCAUCAUCUGGACAAUGAUGUCGGAUGUGUCAACAGAAGAAGAAAGGUUCGGCGUGGCUAGCAUGGGAGCCGAUUUCGCCUCCAGUGCCGCCAGUUCCUGGUUAAUGGCAUUAGACCCAUGGCUUCCUCUGUUGCUGGGCUGGGGUUUGGCUGUUGUUGGCAUGUUCUUCGCCUUAUCAUUACCGGAAACGAUGCGUGUAGGGUCAUCGCAACCGACUUGGAAGCAGCCGAGCAUGGAGAUGAGCCAAGUGUCACCCGGAAACGCCGAGUAUAAGGAAGUUCCCAGCAAGGAACAAGAACACGAGGUACUCAGCGAUGAAGAGACCCUCCAAGGGGAAGAGGCUUCUUUCACCACGAAAGCAGCACGACCAACUUUCUUCGCGUCGGCGAAACAACGGUCGCGAGCCUAUUUCGCGCCGUAUUCCUUCAUCUUCAGAAACAAGCAGAUCAUGCUCCUCCUUACCGCGUUUCUUGUCUAUCGACUGAGCCGUGGCUCGUCCUGGUUUUUGGUCCAAUAUAUCUCCACGCGGUAUAAGUGGACCCUGGCAGAAGCGAACUUCCUCAUGUCAUUCAAGCCGGCCUUGACCAUUCCAUUGUUCCUAUUUAUCCUACCGGCUAUUUCACGACAACUUCUCAAAACCAUGAAGCCAACCCAGAAAGACCUGCAGCUCAUGCGCAUCAGUAUUGGGCUCUUGGCGGUCGGGACGUUGGGAAUCGGUCUUUCACCGAGCGUGGCGAUGUUGAUUCCCAGUCUGCUAGUUCAGACAUCCGGGUCUGGAUUUGUCUUCCUGACUCGUGCUCUCAUUACCACGUUGGUGAAUCGGGAAGAAACAGCCCGUCUCUUCACCAUUAUUGAGGUUCUGCAGUCAGUGGGCAAUGUCAUUGCCAGUUUGUCCAUCACCACAGUGUUCCAAAUUGGACUGGAACUGGGAGGGGCUUGGAUCGGUCUGGCCUGGAUGAUGACCGCGACGGCCUUCACUUUGAGUUUUCCCCCCGCCUGCCGCGCUGACCGGACAACUUACACCCCACGUCUUGCUUCGCAAGCUUACGGCAGUCUGCUGUCAAAGUCUGGUCAUGUCCAGUCUGCAAUUUCACUGAUCCCUCUUAUCUCGUCGUCACCAAAUAGCCCCUUGUCAUGGAGAGAUUUACCCAAUUUCGCGAUCGAGGUGCGAACGGGUGUCUCACCCUUCUUCCCAACUCCUCGUCCAUCGCUCAGCUUCCCUCAGUGGUUUCUACGAAUCUUCCUCUUCUGCGUCCGUCUUCCGUUCUUUAUACCGGUCUGCAUCGGCUAUUUUCUGCUUUUCCAAUGGCUCCCGAUCACAUCGCUUGGAAGGAAGGCCGCUCUGUGGUGCAUCCUAGGCGUGCCCAGCAUCUGGUGGGUUGAUCUUCAAGUGGACGGAGUAAGAAAAGGAACUCUCAACAACGACCGACACCAAAACCGUCUACCCGGGCCCGGAUCCAUCAUUGCCUCCUCCUUCACCUCCCCAAUUGACGCGCUCUACCUUGCCGCUGUAUUUGACCCCAUCUUCGUGUCCUGCUAUCCCUCCACACGCGAAGUCGAACAACUAUCCGUCUGGCAAGCAAUUCUUCGCGCCUUCGCCCUCCCGCAAGCAAAGCCCCAGCCCAAAGCCCGUACCGUCGAUCUGAAAACCAUCAUGCGGAAGUACCCUGGCCGCCCUAUUGCCUUGUUCCCUGAGUGCACGACCACCAACGGACAGGGCGUGUUGCCGCUGAGCCCCGUGCUGGCGAGCGCUCCUCACAAGACGAAGAUCUUCCCUGUGGCUCUGCGCUAUGAGCCUAAAGACGUCGUGACUCCGGUCCCCGGGUCUUAUAUUACUUUCCUGUGGAGUCUGCUGGGCCGACCGACGCAUUACAUUAAGGUGCGCAUUGGACAGGCAGUCGUGGGUGUCGCUGCGGAUGAAUUGCCAACGCAUGACGCUACCAUGUUUGAUCCUAGUGCUUCGGAGAAUGGAUACUCUCAUGACCGAGACGAUGAACGGCCCUUCAGUGAGACCUCCGUGAUGGUGCUCGAAGAGCAGGUGCCGAACUAUGUAGGGGAUUCGCUGGCUCGCCUUGGCAGAGCCAGACGUGUAGCCGUGACGGCGCCGCAAAAGUUGGAAUUUGUGAAGUUGUGGAAGAAGUCAUAUUGGACAUGGUAA